UAACGGUUACGAUUUUGCGAGCAUUUGUUAAUUAUUAUUUGUCGGGAGUCUUUUUCCAUUACAGGCGGUCGGGUCGCGCAACGUUUAGUCCCGUCGUCCGUUUAAACAUCAAACACUUUCGAGCUCGUCGAUGUAAUAUCGAUUACUAAUAGUUAUUAAUAUCUAGCAAAUAUUUAGUAUUUGAGUGUAUUUCGCAAUUAUUAGAACGUUUAUCAUCAAUUCACAUCAUUUUGUUACGUAAGUUUUAUUUUAUUAAUCUCGCUCGAUUAUUAMUUAUUAGUGUGUUCACAUCGUAAUAUUUACAUUAAUUACCAGUAUAAUUCGCGAAUUUUUUUUUUCAAUUUUUUACSACCAAAAACACGAUAAAAAUAUUGUUUCCUACAACAUUUAAUAUUGAAUAUCGUUUGCGUCCAAAUGGCGACUUUCAAAGCUUGACAACAACCGUCCAGCGCUGUCACCGUGAAAAUCCGUGACACCAAUAAUUAUAAUAAUAACGUAUAUCAUCAUUAUUMAUUUUAAUUACACAUCGCGGUGACCGAACGAAACAGCGAAAGAUGGAGUUCACGGUUUUUCGGGAUCAAGAAAACACCAACAACGUUUUGCGGAACAAGGAAAAUAAUGUGCCAUCGAGGGAUCAGCAACCCUCAAAACGUCGAUCGGUGCUCGGCGUGCUGAACGCCAAACAACCCUUCGCUAAAAAGCCGCAGCCGAAAUCCAAGCCUCAAGGAACCAAUAAAUUUGGUUUUCCUAUUAAAUCAUCAGUGCCCUUUACUAUUCAUGAAGAUCCAGAAGUAAAUAAAAAAGCGGCUGCUAGUGAAACCGUGUCAAGAAACAAUGUAGAAAAUCAGAAGCCUCUGCUACUCAAGAAUGAAACUAAUAUCAAUGAAGCAAAGGUCACUCAACCCAAGAUAGAAUUAUUGAAAGAGAAAAGAAAACCAUUGUCUGAUGUAAGCCAAAUUGUUCUACCAUCUGUAAAAAAUGAAGUAAAAACAGAUGAAAAAGACACUAAGGAUAUUGAUAAAUCAGUAGAUUCAAGCAAUGUUUAUUCACCUAUGUCUAUUGAUAAUGAUAAGUCAAUACAAAGUACUUGUCAUUCUUUAACUGCAAACAGGUUAAGUUGUGAUAUAGACACUUACACGUGCGAGUUAUACUUUUAUCUCAGAGAUGUUGAGAAAUUACAUCGUCCUAAACCUGGAUACAUGAGAAGGCAGCCAGACGUGACAUACAGCAUGAGGGCAAUAUUAGUGGAUUGGUUGGUUGAAGUAGCACAAGAAUACAAGCUACAAAAUGAAACUUUGUACUUAGCUGUUUCAUUUAUUGAUCGUUUCCUUAGUUUAAUGUCUGUUGUCCGUGCUAAACUCCAAUUGUUGGGUACUGCUGCCAUGUUUGUUGCAUCGAAAUAUGAAGAAAUUUAUCCUCCAGAUGUUAGUGAAUUUGUUUAUAUAACUGAUGACACUUAYACAAAGAAACAAGUACUUAAAAUGGAACAAUUAAUAUUGAAAGUUUUAGGGUUUGAUGUAUCAAAUCCCACAACUAUUAUUUUCUUAACACAUAUUUGCGUUCAUUGUAAUGUUCCGUUGAAAGUUAUGUACUUAGCAAUGUAUUUGGGUGAAAUGAGUUUAUUAGAAGCUGAUCCCUACUUAUCAUAUACUCCUUCCAUUAUUGGCUGUGGAGCUGUUGCAUUAGCUAGAUUAAUAUUAGAUUAUGAAGUUAUUUGGCCUGAAGAUAUGGCUGAGUUAACUAAUUACAGUUUAAAUGAUCUGAUACCUGUUCUUAGACAUUUAAACCAUACUUAUAAAAAUGCUCCACAUUCCCAACAGUCUGCUAUUCGAUCAAAGUACAAGUCUGCCAGGUAUCAUAGUGUGUCUGAAAUUGAGUGCAACGACUUGGUUGUGCCUGAAGAAACUGCUCAAAAAGAAAUGGCAGAGAGACUCAAGUUGGUUGAUGUUAAAGACAAGUCAUGAUUCUAUCGUUAUUUUUUAUGUUUUCGAUUUUUUUAAUUAUUAUUAUUUUUAUUAAUUUUUUGUAGUAAACAAAAUUUUUUUUGACAYUUUUUUAAACAAUCUAAUUUUAAGUAAAAAGAACAAAAUAAAGUUAAAAACGAACCAUACAACUGGAGAUGUUUUUUACAUUGCGCUUAUAAGCAUCAAGCGUAAAUAAAACAUUUUUAUAUUUAUAAUUAUUAAUUUUUUUCUACUAAACAUAUUUAAAUGUAUAAACUAUUUUUUUACUCUAAUUUAAUUUUAUAAUUUCWAAAUAUUUGUGUUUUUCAUUUGUUGCCAUCUAGAAGAACAGGUAUAUAUGCACUUGUUGAAAUAAGAAAAUGUUUAUCUCAUAAAAUUAUUAUAUUAUCAUGCAUAACA